CAUAACAAACAAAAACACAAAAACAAUAAAACUCAGCAGUUUGUAGUAUCAGAAACAAAAAACAAAGUUUGAGUCACAGCAAUGAACUCAACUGCCCGGAAAACAGAGGCGGAAUCCGUCGUCUUCCGCCGCCACAAACAGUGACAAAGCCGUUCACUUUUCCCUUCAAAAUCUCUCGAAUUCGAUUCCAGUGCACCACAGAAUUAACGCAGCAGAUUUUCACACCGCACCGUCAUUCCCCAAUUUGGCGCUAAAGCGGCGCAAUUAGCAACCUAGGUCAUGGCUGAUAAGAAGACAAUUGCAAUUUGUCAGUCAGGAGGCAAAUUUGAAACUGCAAAUGAUGGUACUUUGUUAUAUAAAGGUGGUGAUGCUCAUGCUAUGGAUAUUGAUGAUCAAAUGAAAUUUAUAGAUUUUAAGGCUGAAAUAGCAGAAAUGUUUAGUUUUAAUGUUAGUAACAUUGCUAUCAAGUAUUUUCUUCCUGGUAACAAGACUACUCUCAUUUCAAUUUCCAAUGAUAAGGAUUUACAAAGAAUGGUUAAGUUUCAUCGUGAUUCGAGUACUGUUGAAAUCUAUAUCUUUGUUGAAGAGCCACUUGCACUUGAGGUCUCAACCUUGCCUGCCAGUAGGUCGAGUAGAACAACUUUGUCUGAAACAGUGUUGCCGAUUAAUACCAUUUUGAAUCCAGAUCCUGAUUAUGCUCUACCUGUUGCUUCUCAUGAUACCAUUCAAAUGGAUACAGAUAUGGAUAUCCCUCCUUUGUUGAGUCUUUCGUCAAAUGAGGAGAAGCUUGCUAAAGGGGCACAACAAUGGCAGAAUACUAUCACUGGUGUAGGUCAAAGGUUCAACAGUGUACAUGAAUUUCGAGAGUCGUUGCGUAAAUUUGCUAUUGCUCAUCAGUUUGCUUUUAAAUAUAAAAAGAAUGAUAGUCAUCGAGUGACUGUUAAAUGCAAAGCGGAAGGUUGUCCUUGGAGAAUUCAUGCGUCGAGGCUGUCAAGUACUCAGUUGAUAUGCAUAAAAAAGAUGAAUUCAGAACAUACAUGUGAAGGGGCUGCUGGAACAACAGGGCAUCAAGCAACUAGGAGUUGGGUGGCUAGUAUUAUCAAGGAAAAGUUGAAAGCUUUUCCAGACUACAAGCCCAAGGAUAUUGUCAAUGACAUCAAGCAGGAAUAUGGAAUUCAACUUAACUACUUUCAGGCAUGGCGUGGGAAAGAGAUUGCAAAGGAGCAGCUUCAGGGUUCUUAUAAAGAGGCGUAUAGUCAGUUACCUUUCUUCUGUGAAAAAUUAAUGGAGUCUAAUCCUGGAAGUCUAGCUUUGUACACUACUAAGGAAGACUCGAGCUUUGAUCGUCUCUUUGUAGCAUUUCAUGCUUCGCUGUAUGGCUUUCAACAAGGUUGUCGACCACUGAUUUUCCUUGAUAGCAUUCCACUGAAGUCAAAAUACCAAGGGGCGUUGUUAGCUGCAACAGCUGCUGAUGCAGACGAUGGUUUAUUCCCUGUUGCUUUUGCCAUUGUUGACGCUGAAUCUGAUGAUAGUUGGCAUUGGUUCUUGCUUCAACUCAAAUCAGAGCUAUCAACAUCUGUUCCCAUAACAUUUGUAGCUGACAAAGAAAAUGGACUGAAAAAUUCGAUUGCUGAGAUAUUUGAAGGUUCAUUUCAUGCGUACUGCCUGCGAUACUUAACUGAGCAACUUUUUAGAGACUUGAAAGAGCAGUAUUCUCAUGAGGUAAAGCGACUCAUGAUUGAGGAUUUAUAUGCUGCUGCUUAUGCACCCAAACCAGAAGGCUUUCAGAACUGCAUGGAGAACUUAAAAAGGAUUUCUGUAGAAGCUUAUGAUUGGAUAAUGCAAAGUGAUCCCCAGAACUGGGCAAAUUCAUUCUUUCAGGGUACUAGGUAUAAUCACAUGACUUCAAACUUUGGGGAGCUGUUCUACUGUUGGGCAUCAGAAGCGGAUGAUUUACCAAUAACACAGAUGGUUGAUGUUAUUAGGAGUAAGAUUACAGAGUUGAUUAUUACCAGAAAGGCAGAAUCCGAUCCGUGGUCGACUAGGCUGAGUCCAUCCAUGGAAGAGAAGCUUAAAAAGGAAAGUCAAAAUAGUCCUUCACUUCAAGUUAUAUUAUCUGCCGAUAGUACAUACGAAGUUUGUGGUGUCACGACUGAGUUAGUCGAUAUUGACAGGUGGGAAUGUAGUUGCAAAACCUGGCAGCUAAGUGGGGUACCAUGCUGCCAUGCCAUUGCGGUCAUUGUUGCGAUAGGCCGGUCUGUUUAUGAUUUUUGCUCUAGAUACUGUACAACUGAAAGCUACAGAUUGACUUACUCCCAAUGUAUAAAUCCGAUUGUGAAUAUGGAUGUACCGGCUGCAAUAGAGCCUUUGGUAACAGUAACACCUCCUCCCACCCGACGACCACCGGGCCGACCAGCUACAAAACGAUAUGGGUCUCAAGACAUAGUCAAGCGUGAUCUACAUUGCAGCCGAUGCAAGGGACUAGGGCACAACAAGUCUACUUGCAAGGAGGAAUUAUAUCUCAAUAAUACUUGAAAGGAGGAAUUAUAGUGCUGGACACAAGUUUGAACUAAGGAUUGAUGGCAAAGGAAGCUGUACAAUAAGUUGAGCUUAAUAGUACUUAGAGUUAAGAAUAGUAGUACUUAGAUUUAUUUUUUUAAUAAAGAAGAAUAGCACUUGGUUUGUUAUUCUCUUGCAGUUGUAUUGCUAGUCUAAGUUCGAUGAUGUAAAUUAUUAACUUCAUUAGUUGUUGUACUUGGAAACCAUUUUGGCCUAAUUUGUUUGAAAUUUAACUAUCCAGAUUUGACAUAUUUGAGUGGCAAAUAAAAUAAGCGCAGGACCACUCUAUCCUCCAAUCCUAUAACUAUGUAAAGUAAACUCCAAUUCUGUAACUAUGUAAAUAUUGAGUUAGGAACUUUAUUUCUCAAAAUAAAUGGAUUUUUUUUUUUGUUCUUGCA